AAUGUGGUAUACGUCCUGGCCUUGUUCCCCAGUGUCCCGACUGUUGGGAAGCUGAAAUAGGUGAAUUCCCAUGGAUGGUUUCUAUGCAGCUGUCUUACUCCCACUUCUGUGCUGGUUCUAUUCUUAAUGAAAUGUGGGUCCUCACUUCUGCCCGAUGUGCCAAUUUUAUAAAACGGUCAGAAUCUCUGGCUUUAGUCCAAGUGGGUCUGGUUGAUCUUCAGGAUCCUACACAAGGUGAAACUGUAGGUAUCCAGCGUUCUAUACCAUACUUAGGUCCCCGGGGACCUUUAGGACCAGGCCUAAUCUUCCUGAAGGAGUCAAUACGUUUUCAACCUUUGGUGCAUCCUAUUUGUCUGGAAGAAAGUCAAGAACAAGAAAGAUACAUAGAACUAUAUGACUGCUGGUUACCCAGCUGGUCCCUCAUGAGAGGAAGUCCGGGUAUCCUGCAAAAAAGGCACCUCAGCAUCAUGCAAGUCAGCACCUGUGCUAAAUUUUGGCCACAACUGAAUGAGUACACUUUCUGUGUAAAGGCCAAGAAAGCUAUGGGGGAAUCUGGCUGUAAGGCUGAUCUUGGGGCACCUUUGGUAUGUCAUCUAAAACAAAAAGACACAUGGAUGCUGGUGGGAAUUUUAGUUCAAUUUGAUGAACAUUGCACAAAGCCUUAUGUCUUCAGUCAAGUUAGCCCUUUUGUUUUCUGGCUCCGGAAAGUUACACAGCCCAGUCAUGCACCCUGGUCUCAUCAAAGACGUGUGGUUGCCUCUUCUUUCAACACCCUGUCAGUCUCGACUAGUAGGAAAGAUUCAACUUUUAUGCUGCCAUCUGCUGCUGUUCAUCCACACUUCAUCUCCCUACCAUACCCUCAAGCUUUAGCAGAUCAUAUUUCUGUGCAAUAUGCUAUGCCAUGGCAAGCUAUAAUCUUCAGCUGUGGCAAUCAGAUCUGCAGUGGCUCCAUUAUUAGUAGCUACUGGGUUCUUACUGCUGCCCACUGUGUGAGAAACAUGAAUCCUGAAGACACUGUUGUGAUACUGGGCCCUAGACAUCCUGGAACACCUAUGAGAGUUGUUAAGGUGGCUACUAUUUUACUGCAUGAAAGAUUCCGUUUAGUGAGUCAGGUUGCAAGAAAUGUCCUAGCUCUGGUGCUUCUUCGAGAAGGCCAGAGUUCUAUUCAUAUAAUGGCACCUUUAGGCAGAAUGAAUAAUUUGAACACUUCAGAAUGCUGGCUUUCUGGACCCCAAAUUCUUAAACAAGGAUAUAUAUUUGAAAAUCCAGAAAUGUUACAUAUACAAGUGAUAGGAACAUCCAACUGUGCCUAUCUCUAUCCAGACAUAGGAAGUUCUGUGGUUUGCUACAAUGCACAAACUGGUGUUCCUGAAAUAAGCUUGGAGUCGGUGAGUCCUGGAAGUGCUGUUAUAUGCAGACCAGUAUUUGGAAAUGGCAAAUGGAGACAAAUAGGCUUCACUAGUCUCAAGCAACUAGCUACCAUAGUUGCUCCAUACUUUUCCUGGAUCUUGUCCUCAACAGCAAAGACAGGCUAUCCCUUAGAUCAGGCACUCAUUCCUUGGGUAGAAAAUUCCGAGUCUUCUAGACUUGUAAAACAUCCAACCAUAUUGCUACUUUCCAUCAUAAUGAUUAUUUCAGUGAAAAGGGUUUUAAUUUUGUAG